UCAUCAAGCACGGACGUUUUCGUGGCGGAGUCCGACAACACAUUUGUUGCCAUGACGAAGAGUCGAGCUCUGGGACCCAAGUUUGAUUCUGUCAAGCAGAAGAAAAUCAAACCUGGUUUAGAUGAGAUCACAGAUGUACAAGAGGUGAAUGACAAGAAGAAGAAAAAGAAGAGAAAGUCUGACGAUGAGAAAUCUCAGGGGUGUGAACAUACAGGUAACAUAUCAGAAGAAAAUGCUCAGAUGAGACGAUCAACAGAGACACAUGAGGAAAAUGCAGAGAUCUGCAAACACAAGAGCAAGAAAAGAAAAACAAAGACAUGUGUUUGUGCAGAAGACAUCACAGAGAAACCACAGGACUCUGAACAGAUAUUGGACACGACCCGUGGACGGGAAGAUCACACAAGGAAUAAGAAAAGGAAACACAAGGACCCAUUAGUUGAUCUGGUGAGGCCACUGGAAGAUGAAAAUAACACACAAACAUCUGAAGUGAACAAUGGGAAAAGACAGAAGAAGAGUAAAUCUGGGGUACCUGAAACAAAUUCAUACACAAAUGGACAUCAUGAAGAAAAUACUCAGAAGAAGAAAAAGAAAUCUAAAGCGUGUGUUCCUGUAGAAGACAUCACAGAAGAGCCGCAGAAUUGUGAGCAGCCGGAGAACAUGACACAUGGACCGGAAGAUCACACAAAGAAAAAGAAAAGGAAGCACAAGGACUCUGAAGAAAAUGUUCCUAAAUCAAAUCUGGUGAACACAAAAGGAGCCAGAGACGAAACAAACACACAAACAACAGAAGAAAAAGCAGAGAUGAAGAGAAAAGGACGUAAAUCUGAGAGCUCUGGAGAUGCGAGCACCUCACUGAAGCGAGAACAUUCUGGAGUGGAGGAUGAGGAAGGCACAAAUGAAGAGGAAGAACUGGGUCCAGAGGAAAUACGAGUGCUGGAGAGGAAGAUGAAGAAGAUUCGGAAAAAGGAGGAGAACAAGAAACUGAGAGAAGAAGGCAAAAGCACAAAAACAGAGAAUGUCAUGACAAAUAUUGCAGAGAAGCAGGCGCUGGAAUACCUCACAUGCUGGUCUGAGAGAAAAGAGGAGUGGAGGUUUCAGAAAACCAGGCAGACGUGGUUACUGCAGCACAUGUAUGACGAUGUGAAGGUUCCUGAUGCUCAUUUCGAGUUGCUGUUGUCCUAUCUUGAGGGUCUCUUUGGAGCUGCACGAGCGACCACACUGCAGAAAGCAGAAGCGCUGGUGCGCUGGGAAGGACAAGGAAAAGAGGAAGAUACAGCAGAUAAUGAAAAGAGAAAGGAGAGAGCUAGACAGGUUAUUCAGAUGCUGUGAAGGACCAAACAAAACUGUUCUGUGUUUCUGUUAAUCAGUCAUUUUACACUCAUUCAAGUGAGCAGCCAUUUUUUUAUUUACCUGUAAAUGUGUUAAAAUAACAGCAUUUCAUAAAAUAAACAGAAUUUCUA